GCUCAGAUGGGGCUCGAUGCCCUGGCGGCCGCGUGCUGCGUCCUUCCGGUACUCCUCGCGCUGCUCGCCGUCCGCUUCGCGUACGUGCUUUGGCGCAGCGGCCAGCCGUCGUCCAGGUCGCCCACCGCCGGGUUGCGGUGUCUCAUCGUCCUCGGAUCUGUCAGGUUCUUGAUGGUAUUGCAAGAUCUCAGUCAACGACAGUAACACCACCACCAUGACAUUUGUAACGAAGCAGUAUUGCUUUCUUAUACUAAUGGCCUUAUUGCCAAGACUGAGUGUGGUAUAUUUGCCUUACAAUCAACUCUUGCAACCUCACGUGCUACUUCAUAUGGGUUCCAAAAAAUGCUUUUUGAUAUACAUAUUUGAACGUGGUUUACUGCCAAGACUCAUGAGUUACAUUGUUAAUCUGCAACACACUUUUACCACUGUGCUAACUACAUUACCUCUGAUGCAUUUUCAUUAUGGCCUUAUGCAGUGUGCACAGUCCAUGAUAUUUAGUUCAAGUACUGAUAUUGUCUGGGUGUUGUCAGGAGGGCAUACUGCAGAAAUGAUGAAUAUUGUAACAGCGCUUCAGAAGGAUAGGUUCACGCCAAGGUACUAUGUGGCUGCACUUACUGACAAUAUGAGCCUUCAAAAGGCUCAGGUCUAUGAGCAGUCACUGAUUCAGAGUGGAGAGAAGAUCAUCAAGAAUGCCCACUUCAUGCAGAUAUAUCGUAGUCGUGAAGUAGGCCAAUCUUACAUUACCUCCAUUGCAACAACAUUGCUAGCUACAUUGCAUGCUAUGUGGCUAGUAAUAAGAAUCAGACCACAAGUGAUAUUCUGCAAUGGUCCAGGCACAUGCUUCCCACUCUGUGUGUGCGCUUUUGUUCUGAAGGUGCUUGGUUUGGGAUGGUCCUCCAUUUUCUACAUCGAAAGCAUUGCAAGAGUGAAGAAGCUUUCAUUGAGUGGUUUACUGCUGUACAAGCUACGGAUAGCUGAUCAGUUCUACGUGCAGUGGCCCCAGCUGCAACAAAAGUACCCUCGAGCAUACUACGCUGGUCGUUUGAUGUGAAGACUCGUCCACAUCCGAUGUUGGGAUACCAUGUUUUCCAACUCAAAAUUCUGAACACACUGACAAUUUUUGUACACUUCGACGAAUACAAUUGUGGUUGCCUUCAAAGAAAGGCACUACAGACACUACUACUAUACAUGGGGCAUGGAAAUGUAAAGUUACUUCAAGACAAUCUUUCUGGAUGAAAGAGAAUCAAAGUGGGCUAAUUGAGGUUA